UUUUAGUCGUCAAUUGUCAAGCUUAAUGUUAAAUAGUUUUGUAAAAAUCUACUAUGAAGUGAUUAAACCUUUUCGUGAUUUUUUCUUAGUGCCCCUUAUCGACCUGCGAUUGUUAAGUAGAAUGUUUAAUUCUUACUACACAAUGGUUGUAUAGUCUCGAAUAUUGGUUGACAUUGAAUGUAAAGAUGUGAUUAGGAGCAACGAUCGCAACUUAUUUUCGCUUCAAUUAUCAUUUAAACAUUCGUUAUCUUCAUAUAUUACAAAUCAGAAAUUCCUUACAUUUAGUUUUCACAUAUUCAUACUACCAGCCAAGAUGACAAGUAGUCAACAGUCUGUUUUGAAACUGUACAAUACCGUGGUUGACGAUGUGAUCGCAGGGGUGCGAGAUUGCUUUUUGGACGAUGGUGUCGACGAGCAAGUCCUACAAGAAUUGAAGCAGUUGUGGAAGACAAAACUAACCUCGAGCGGGGCGAUGGACCCGCCUCAAGUUGACAAUUACCUGCCUCCGCAACCUCCUGUUCUUCAGAAUUUUCAAAAAGCUAAUGGUAAUAAUCUAAUUCCUAAAAGAGCUGAUACACACAUGCCACAACAGAGUUCAAGUCAGCAAAACAGCGGAGUGGGCCAUGCCGCUCCAGCUCCUACUGUUCCUGGUGCACAUCCUCAGCAUCAAGUUUUGGACCCCAACCACAAAGUGGCCGUGCAGCUGACACUGCCGCCACAGGCUGGAGUGCCAGGAUCUCAGGCACGCUCAUUUACUAUCCAAAUCCCUGCUGCAGCUCUUCAUGGGAACAAAUUACAUCAAGUUUUGACUGGAAAUAUAAUUAAUGCGACUGUUAAUCUACCACCACAAUUAGCUGCUACAUUGCUACAGCAACAUAUCACCUCUGCUCUAGCGGGGCAACAAAAUGAUUUUGAUGGAGGCGGAGGAGGCCGCAGCAAUGCUGCACCAUUUUCCUUAGAUGGUGCUAUGGAUUCCUCAGAUGAUGAAGGUUCUAAUGUAGGAGAUGGCUCAGAAGACGGUGGUGGUGAUGAUGACGAGGAUGAGGAAUCUGCUGAGGAACGUGCAGAAGAGGAGGAAGAAGAAAGAGAUGAAAGUGGUGGGGCGGAAGAGGAACCUUUAAACUCAGGAGACGAUGUCUCAGAUGAAGAGCCGGGAGACAUGUUUGACACCGACAAUGUAGUAGUUUGCCAGUACGACAAGAUAACCCGCAGUCGGAACAGGUGGAAGUUCUAUCUUAAGGAUGGUAUUAUGAAUUUAGGUGGAAAGGAUUUUGUUUUUCAAAAAGCCAAUGGUGAUGCAGAGUGGUGAAACUCUCAUUUCAGUUUUCCAUUAGUGUUUUGUAUCUUAAAAUAUGGUGUAAUUAUCUCUUGGAUGUUAUUGUUGUGAGGAUAUUGUAAAAAAAACUUGUGAUUUUGUGUCACAAAUGUAAAAAUGACUGACUUUAACCUAGAAAACUUAUAUCUGCACAUAAGUAAUUAAAACAUAUAUAG